UUCUCAUGCAGGGCACUGUCAACAUUCUCUAUGCUUUUUUUCUGCUUCCUGAAAAUCUUUCCCCAAACAGUUUAUUCAUCUUUGUUUUCAUUAAUUGGGAAAUCUGUAUUUCUGUUUUGUUCUGUUUUCCUGCAGGCAACAUCAUAAAAUCUUAGUCAAGUGAAAAUGGCCCUAAGCAAUCUGACAUCAAAGGCUGUACUACUUUAUGAUGAAUGGAUUAAGGAUGCUGACCCAAGAGUGGAAGGCUGGCCGCUCAUGUCCUCACCUUUUCCAACAACCAUUAUUGUUGGAACCUACAUUUAUUUUGUCACUUCUUUGGGACCCAAACUCAUGGAAAAUAAAAAGCCUUUUGAACUCAGGCAGAUAAUGGCAUUCUACAACUUUAGUGUGGUAACCCUUUCAAUAUAUAUGACUUAUGAAUUUCUUAUGUCAGGCUGGGCCACAGGGUAUUCAUUCCGGUGUGAUAUUGUUGACUACUCGAGGUCACCUACAGCUCUCAGGAUGCUACGAGUUUGUUGGCUUUACUAUUUCUCCAAGUUCAUUGAAUUAUUAGACACUGUGUUUUUUAUUCUGCGUAAGAAGAACAGCCAAGUUACAUUCCUGCAUGUCUUUCAUCAUUCCAUCAUGCCAUGGACCUGGUGGUUUGGAGUCAAAUUUGCUGCAGGUGGUUUAGGAACGUUUCAUGCUUUAUUGAACUCUAUUGUUCAUGUCAUCAUGUACACUUACUAUGGAAUCUGUUCUUUGGGACCAGCCUAUCAUAAAUAUUUGUGGUGGAAAAAACACAUGACAACUAUACAGCUUGUCCAGUUUAUUAUGGUUACGGGCCACAUAGGACAAAUCUACGUUAUGGAAGAUUGUCAGUACCAGUAUCCAAUUUUCAUGUUUAUUAUUUGGCUGUAUGGCUCACUGUUUUUAGUAUUGUUUCUGCACUUCUGGUACCAUGCCUACACAAAGGGGCAAAGACUACCAAAGAUGACAAGAAACGGGAUCAGAAAAGAUCAGUAAAACAAACUCUUGUCUACAAAAAUGCGUAUAUCUCAAAGUUGAAACUUGUGCUACUUGACAAUCAAGAUAUUUAGGUGCACACACUACACUGUGUAUAUUUUGUAUGUUGUUUUUUUUCCAAAACAGAGUUUGUAUUUUUACCAUAAGUUAUUUGGGUUUCA